CCCAGGUCAACUCGUACACGAGAAAAGUGACAACAGGCGGAACGCGGCUCGUUAGAUUUAUUUGUUUUGAUCAUUAGCGGCAUUAGCUUUCAAACUGUAUUCAAUUCAUAUUCGUAUUUUAGUGGCGAGUUUGAUUCACGUAAAAUGGUGUUUUACUUCACAAGUGACGUGGUGAACCCUCACUACACGAUCUACAUGGGGAAAGACAAAUAUGAAAACGAGGAUCUAAUAAAGUACGGAUGGCCUGAAGACAUCUGGUUUCACGUGGACAAACUGUCUUCGGCUCACGUUUAUCUGAGACUGCCAAAGGGUCAGACCAUAGAGGAAAUCCCCCCCGAGGUGCUGAUAGACUGUGCACAGCUGGUGAAGAACAAUAGCAUCCAAGGCUGUAAGAUGAACAACAUCAAAGUGGUUUACACACCUUGGGCCAACCUGAAGAAAACCGGAGGCAUGGACGUCGGGCAGAUCGGCUUCUUUCGACAGAGAGAGGUGAAGAUUGUGGCCGUGGAGAAGAAGGUCAAUGAGAUCGUGAACCGCCUGGAGAAAACCAAAGUAGAGAGCCUCCCCGACCUGGCGGCAGAGAAGGAGGCGAGAGACCAGGAGGAGAGGAACGAGAAGAAAACACUGCUCCAAGACCAGAAGAAGGAGGAGAAGGAGGAGCAGAAGAGGAAAAAGGAGAUGGACGAACUCAAGUGCUACACCUCACUGAUGAAGAGUGAAAAUAUGACGACCAAUGAGGACGGUAACGACUCGGACGACUUCAUGUGAGAGGAGGAGCAGACGGAGCCGCCGUCGGGACGCUCCUCCUCCUCCUCCGUUGCUUUCGCGUGAUGUAACUGACACUGAAAGAAAACAGACGAAAUGGAUACCUUUUUUAUUUUAUUUUAUUUAAUCUUUCUUUUUGGACACUGAACCUGAGUCCAUGAGGGACGGCGCCGGAGAUUUAUUCCACAUGCUGAGCUGAAUGGCCUCUUCAUCAAGGGGGGGGGGGGGGGGUACUGUACUGUCGAAGAAACGCAGGACAACAGGAAUGCUGAGCAUCAUUUUAGGAGGAAGAAAACACUCAAACAGCAGAACUGUGUUUCGCUGCUGCUGGUUUCUGAUGAGACGUCGCGGCUCUGUGUUUUCACAACCCUGCAGACUCUUCUCGUCACUUUCUUUUAUGUGUUCAUUUCUCUGCACGUCUGAUUUCAUUCACAAUUCAAUGUAUUAAACUAACAGUCAUAGUUAUUUUUGACAUACUGUUCUGUUGAGCGGCACCAUCCGCCAGGCGUGGCCUCGAUCAUCCAACGGCAGAAUCGUGGCGUCUGGAGCCGCUUGACGUCGUGAAAGAUUACAACUUUUUCGGGCUGCAUCUUAAAUUAUUUUUAAACGUCGCUCGUCUCAAGUCUUCUUGCUCGUUCUGUCCGACUACCUGUUUGAACCCAAAUAAAUGACCAGUAAGUUUACAAUAAAACAGCAAAGAAAUUUCUCAAAUCAGAACAUCAUGUGUUUGGCAACAAAAUAAAUAAAUACAUUAUAGAUUAUGAAAAUGGUAAAAUAAUCUAUAAUGUUCCAGACUUCAA